CUGUCAUCUGCCAUCUGCCCGGCGUCUACUGUCACAAUUAAGCGUCAUUGAAAUAAACUGAAAAACUAACUUUAUAUCAUAAAAUUCUUUGAAAAUGGUUGAAAAUAAUGAAGUAGAACUAUCUGAGGCCGAGGCAGAGCAAUAUGAUCGCCAAAUACGUCUGUGGGGUUUGGAGUCUCAAAAAAGAUUACGUGCAUCAAAAGUAUUAAUCAUCGGUCUAUCAGGUCUUGGUGCUGAAACCGCUAAGAACAUAAUUUUGUCAGGAGUCAAAAGUGUUUGCCUCUUAGACAACGAGAAAUUAAAAGAAAUCGACCUUUACUCUCAAUUUUUAGCACCUCCUGAUAAAGUAGGCGAAAACAGAGCCGAGGCGUCACUACAGAGAGCGAGGGCAUUAAACCCUAUGGUGGACGUCACUUCAGAAAACAAAUCCGUGGAUGAGUUACCCGAUGAGUAUUUUACUACAUUUGACAUUGUAUGUGCAACUGGUUUAAAGCAAGAACAAUUGGAACGUAUUAACAAUGUAUGCCGUGACAGCAAUAAGAAAUUCCUUUGCGGCGAUGUCUGGGGUAUGUAUGGGUACAUGUUUGCGGAUCUCGUUGAUCAUGAGUAUUCAGAAGAAAUAGUGCAGCAUAAGGCCGUGAAACGUGGGCCUGACGACACAGAGAAAAAUGCCCGAGAAACAGUUACUAUCACAGUGAAACGCCGAGCGAUCUAUGUGCCCUUGCAAAAUGCUUUGUCUGCGGACUGGACGAAGCCAGAAUUGCGUUCGCGGUUACGUCGCGGAGACCCAUCCUACUUUGUUAUGAAAGUUCUGCUGCGCUUCAGAGACGAGUAUAACCGCAACCCUGAUCCAGCAAAAAGGAAAAACGACACCGAAAUAUUGUUGCGUAUGCGUGAUGAACUUGUCAAAGAAUUAGCACUUCCUGUAGGUUUUGUGAGUGAUGCAUUGUUGACGGAUGUAUUUGGCACUGUAUCGGGAGCUGCUGCUGUGGUGGGAGGAGUUAUUGGCCAGGAAGUUGUGAAAGCCGUGAGCCAACGGGAACCACCACACAAUAAUAUGUUUUUCUUUAACCCUGUUAAGUGUGUCGGUUUUGUAGAACUUUAUGGUCAGUGAAGUUGAUCUGUGUAGGUUAUAAGAAGUUUAUAAGAUAAAUA